ACAGCAGAUCAUUGUCUCGGUAGAUUCCGCGUAAUAUCGGUCGUGAACGGUUAUCGUUCCCGGGUGGAUCGCGCUCGUUGCCACGUGGGUUGUUCGCGAAUUGAGUUCUUUACCGGUGAAAGUAUUUUAAAGUGCGAAAGCUUCCAGAUCCACAGUAUUGGGGAUAGUGUAAGCAGCAUAAAGAUCUCAUCACGCGACAACAGCGACGACAAAUAGCACCACCAUGGAGGCGGAUGAAGCCCUUUUCGAUGGAAUCCUGGAGAAGGUCGGCAACGAUGGCCGAUUUCAGCAUCGAUUCAACGUCAUCUUCAACAUGGGAGCAAUCAUCUUUGCCUCGAUGUCCUACAUGAGCAUCAUACUGGCACUGAAUAAACCUCCGCACAAUUGCCACGUGCCGGGUAUGGAGCAGUACAACAUAACGGAUGCGGAAAUGUGGAAGAACUUGACACUGCCAAGAGAAGAAGACAACAAGGGUAUCCUGAGCUACAGCAAAUGCCAGAUGUACAACGUGACAGAGGCACACUUACAGCAGCAUCACAGCGAGUGGAACUUUCUGGAAACGGAUAUUAUCAAUUGCGCCUACGGGUACGACUACGACCGAACGUACUACGACCGUACGCCCAUCACCGAGAACGACUGGAUCUGCGACAAGGGCUUCCGGGAGACAAACAUUUUUGUGUACAACCGUUUCGGUGAACUGAUUGGGACGUUCAUUUUCGGCCAGCUGGGUGAUACCCUCGGACGUCGACCGGUGUUCUACUUCAGCGUGAUAAUCAUCACCGCCGGGCGACUCAUCUCCAUGUUCACGGCGUCGAUUUACGUCGUGUUCUGCAUGGCGGCCGUGCUGGGUUCCCUCACGUCGAAUUCAAUUUUCCAGGCACCGCUGAUCAUCGCAAUGGAAAUUUCAAAAAGCGAACGGCGUGGUUACAUUAGCAUGAUGCAAUGUAUCGGUUGGACGACGGGACUGUGCAUCCUGCCGAUGGUGUUCUGGGCCACCAGGGACUGGUUCUGGGCGCUGAUGUUUACUACCAUUCCGAUUUCCCUGUUUCUCCUCAUUCCGCAAUACUUGAUUGAGUCCCCCCGGUGGCUGGCCACCCGAGGACACUAUAAACGAUCGAUGGUGGAGCUGCGGAAGAUUGCCGCCGUCAAUGGGAUCCGCGAGCUGCCGUUCGACGAACAUUCGCUCGAGAAACUUCUGUCGCACCGCAAAGUGGAAACCGUUUACGGGAUGGCGUCCCUCUUCAGUGGCUGGCGGAUGGCGAAAAAUACCAUGCUCUGCGUCGUUUGCUGGAUCGUAGCCAGCAUCACCUACUUCACGCUGGUUUUGCUCAGCUCUCGCUUGGACGGCAAUCCGUUCGUCAAUUUCCUGUUCCAGAGUGCCAUCGAACUUCCGGCGUACAAAGUAGGUCAAAUACUUUCCGACAACCUCGGAAGACGUGCUUCCAACUCGAUGGCCUUCCUCUGUGCCUCCUUCAUUUGCAUUCCAAUCGUACUGAUGAUACGUAGUGCGGAGUACGAAACCACCUCCAUUGCCUUGUCCAUAGCCAUCAAGUUUUGCGUCAGCAUUAGUUUCUUCGCUGUGAAUCUGCAAUCGAUCGAAAUCUACCCGACUUGCCUGCGGCAGACGGGACUGGCGUUCGCAGCCAUCAUGGCUAACCUGUUCGGUAUUUUCGGGCCCUACGUCGUCUAUCUGGGAACGGAGUACGACGUACGGUAUCCGUUUAUAGUGAUAGGUCUUAUGUCAGUUGUUGGCGCUAUCUGUGCAUCGUUACUACCGGAAACUCUUCAUCAAUCGCUGCCAGAAUCGAUCGAACAAGCGCAGAAGUUCGGCAAGAAUCAAGGCUUUUGGACACUACCGAAGAAACCCAGGACGAACAAGAGUGUCGAAAUUGGUCAGGAAAUGGAAGAAGGCAUGCGGCUUAAGGAUCACGAUGAGCAUGUCCGGUAGAAAUAAAUAAAGAAUCAGCGUCCAGCA